UAUUGUCAGAGAGCAGAGAAAAACAAAUGCUAAUUUAACUCUCACACACAUAGCUUCAUUUAUUCGUCAACAAUGACCAACACUCUCGCCAAGUUCCUCCUUCCUCUUCUCUCUGCUUCAAUUUUCUUUCAUUCCAUUUCCGGCCAGAAUCCUUCAGGUUUCAUCAGUUUAGACUGUGGAAUUCCUCCGAACACCAGUUAUACUGAGCAUCACACAAACAUAAACUACGAAUCCGACGCGGCGUUCAUUAACACGGGAACAAUCCACAACAUAUCGUCAGUAUACAUAAGUGAUACACUCAAACAACAACUAUGGAGUUUAAGAAGUUUUCCGACUGGGGUGAGAAACUGCUACAGAGUAAGAGUGAAAUCGGGCACCAAGUAUUUGAUUCGAGCCAGCUUCCUAUACGGCAAUUACGAUGAUCAACGGAAGCUUCCCGGCUUCGAUCUCUACUUUGGACCCAACUUAUGGACUUCUGUAACACUCGAGGCCCUCAACACGACGGAGCAUUUGGAGAUUAUGCAUAUUGUUUCGUCGAAUUGGGUAGAAGUUUGCCUCGUCAAUACUGGGACCGGAACACCGUUCAUUUCGGCUUUGGAGCUUAGGCCAUUGCCAACCUUUCUUUAUGAAACAAGAUCGGAGUCGCUUACCACUUUCUUACGCCUUGAUGUGGGCUCUGCUACAAAUCUUUCUUACAGGUACAAAGAUGACAUUUAUGAUCGACUAUGGUACGCCAUGACCCCACUCUCAGCAUGGACUAAAUUAACUACGACUGAGCCCAUAAACUCCAACGACCCCGAACUUUUCAUACCCCCUCAGCCAGUCAUGUCCUCGGCAGCAACACCCAUAAAUGCCACCUCUCCAAUGGAAUUCAACUGGGUAACGCAAGACGUGACAGCCAAGUUUUACGUCUUCAUGUUUUUCACUGAGAUCCAGAAGCUUAAACCAAAUGAGUCGAGAGUGUUUGAAAUACUACUCAAUGGCAACCCUUGGACCAAGGAACAAAUUUCCUUACCCUACUUACAAGGAGUUGUCUCUUACUCUACCACAGCCCUAACAGGCGGAACUUACAAUUUCGCCCUCGUGAGAACCCCUAAUUCCACCCAUCCUCCCCUAUUAAAUGCCAUUGAAAUUUACCAGGUCAUUGAUUUUCCUCAAUCUUCCACAGAUGAGAAAGAUGUUGAGAGCAUUUUGGAUAUCAAGGCAGUGUAUGGAGUUGGAAGAAAUUGGGAAGGGGAUCCUUGUAUGCCUAGACAGUUUAUUUGGCAAGGACUCAAUUGUAGCUCUGUGGAUUCUCAGCCUCCAAGGGUCACAUCAUUGGAUCUAUCCUCAAGUGGACUCACAGGAGAAAUAUCUAAAGAAGUAGCUAGUCUUAAAAUGCUUGAGACUUUGGAUUUAUCAAAUAAUAGCUUGAAUGGAGCAGUGCCUGAUUUUCUUACUCAAUUGCCAUUAUUGAGAGUGUUAAAUUUAGAAAGAAAUAAUCUUUCAGGACUUAUUCCUUCCCAACUCAUUGAAAAAUCCAAAGAUGGUUCUUUAUCCUUAAGGUAUGGGGGAAAUCCAAAUCUGUUCAACGGUACAUCACCAAGUGAAAAGAAAGAAAAAAGGAACAUAGGACCUGUAGUAGGAUCAGUCGUUGGUGGAUUUGUUAUUCUUUUGUUCAUAACUUCAGGUGUUAUCGUGUUGAUUAAGACUAAACAUAGAAAACAAGGUGUUGUGUUGGGAGAAACAAAACAAUGGGGCUCAAAUAAAAGAUCAUAUUCUUAUGGUGAUAUCUUGAGAAUUACAAACAAUUUGGAGCGAUUGCUUGGAGAGGGUGGUUUUGGAAAAGUUUACUAUGGUCAAAUUGGUGAUAUUGAAGUUGCUGUUAAGAUGCUUUCACCUCAAUCAGUUCAAGGCUACGAUCAAUUUGAAGCCGAGGUUGAUCUUCUCCUAAGGGUUCAUCACAGAAACUUGACUGGCCUUGUUGGAUAUUGUGAUGAAUCAACCAAUAAAGGACUCAUCUAUGAAUACAUGUCAAGAGGAAACUUAGGAUCUUUUAUUUCAAGUGGAAAAUUAAAGGUUUUGGAUUGGAAAGAUAGACUUCGUAUAGCAGUGGAUUCAGCACAAGGAUUUGAGUACCUUCACUGUGGUAUCAAACCAACCAUAAUACAUAGGGAUGUAAAAUCUUCAAACAUAUUACUGGAUAAUGAAUUUAGGGCAAAAGUUUCAGAUUUUGGGCUUUCAAGAGCUUUCGUAACAGAAAAUGGUGCCUCUCAUGUCACAGCCACAAAUGUUGUUGGAACUUUUGGUUACAUUGAUCCAGAGUACUACACUACAUCCCAGUUAAACGAGAAAAGUGAUGUUUUUGGAUUUGGAGUGAUUAUUUUUGAGAUCAUUACAGGAAAACCAGCUUUGAUAAGAGGGGAAGACAAUAAUAAUGUAACUCACAUUUAUAAUUGGGUUAGCACAUUGAUUUCUCAAGGUGAUAUUGGAUCAAUAAUUGACCCACAAAUGGUAAAAGAUUUCGACGUAAACUCGGUUUGGAAGGCUCUUGAUGUAGCAAUGACUUGUGUAUCAUCCAAAUCUAAAGACAGACCAAAUAUGAGCCAAGUUUUGGUCGAGUUGAAGGAAUGCAUGACCAUGGAAUCUAAUCAUGAUAAAGAUCAUCACCAACCCGAAAUGAGUGUUGCACAAUCCCGCACUCUAGAUGUCCCUUCGGCUAGGUAGAUGUUCUCUUUAGUUCAACAGAUGCAAUUGGAAGAAAAUUUAGAGUUUAUUUGGUUGAGAAUUCAAACUUUCUUCCAUGUUAUCAGAUUCGUCACUAAGUUCAAUGUUGUUUAGCCAACAAUUUUGAUUCUGUUUUUGAAAAACUAUUUUUAGAUUUUGUAAUCUAAUCCAUGCAAAACUCUGUAAUAAACUUUUUUUUUUUUUGAUGAU